UAGAAACCAAACCAAAAUUUGAAUUCGAAAGUUGCGCCAUUUUUAGCAGAGACAAAUUCUAGCCUAUGCACACACCGCAAAGCUUUGAGCACAGCAAGCUGCCCACUUGUUGCUUUUGCAGCAGCCCUGGUAGCGAUAGCAAGUGUGGCAGCACCGACGUUAAUCGAUAUACGCAACAAUUUCGAUAUUUUCCAUCACUAAUGGGUUCAUUAGCUUUUUGUCUCGUCUCUCUGCCUCCCACUUGCACAAUCCCACUUUUCCCCCCAAAAAUCGUUUUUCGACUGUAUUUGUAUUGUUUGCAUUAAAACAAACGGCGUCGAGCGUCGAGGUCGUCUGCCUUGUAUUGAAUAUAUACACGAUAUUUUGUGAAAUAGUCUGCGUCAUUUCGCACGCGCCGCCGCCGUCAACUGCAGCAAGCGAGUUGAAGAUUUAACAAAAAGUAGCUCAAUUCUAAUUGCAAAGAUGGAAUCGGAUACGACGGAAAAAGAAAGUACGGCGGCGGAGUUGCAGUCGCUGCCGCUGCAAAGUGAAAGCGUCGUGGGUGGCAAGACGGGGCUAGGCGAGGCGACGCCGCCGCCAAACAAGCGCCAGAAAAUCGCGCUAGACGCUGCGAUUCCAGACGAGAAAGAAGACGAACUGAAGGAGAAGGAGGUGGAGGAGGAGACGGUGCCACAACUGGUCGCUGUGGAGCGGGCACAGAGCACGCAGAGCAGCCUGCGUAAAUUUAGCCGCAUACCCGUCUUCAUUGUGGACUAUCACAACGAUGUGCUGGAGUUCAUCUAUCGUUGCUUGGCCACGCGACAUCUGCCGCUGGAGCGUAACAUUUUAGUGCAUUUCGACUCGCAUCCGGAUUUGGUAGUGGCUCGCGACAUACCCGCCAGUGCCAGCUAUGACAAGGACAUCAUGCUCAACGAGCUGAGCAUCGAGAACUGGAUUAUGCCCACCUUAUAUGCAGGACAUUUUGAUCGGGUCGUCUGGCUGAAGAACUCGUGGUGCCAGCAAAUACCAACGGGCAAGCACGAGUUCAAAAUUGGCCACAAGGAGGAUCGCAUCGGUGUCGACUGUCCACUGGACUAUUUCAUAGCCGAAGGCAACUAUUGCACCAGCGAAGAGCUGCAGGAAACGCGUUCGGUGCAGCUGCAGGUGCACGAUGCGGACAGCGAGUCGCUGGAUCCCGCGCAAUUCUUGACGGCGCAGGAUGCAGCGGGUUUUGUGCUCGACAUCGAUUUGGAUUUCUUUAGCACAUCGAAUCCGUUUCUGGAAAUCUACAAGGAUGCCAACUGCUAUGCCCAGCUCACGGAGAUCUUUCACUUUGAGAGCGUGGAGCCCGCCAAACAGGCCGGCACAGCGACCAUUGCGGACUACUGUGCCACGGCGGCGACGCGACAGAAGCAGCUGGACGCACUGAAGCGCAUCUUUUGGCAUCUGGAGGAGCAGCGCAGCUUUGACGGCCUGGAGAAGCCAGACGAAUCAGUCAUAACACCACAGAUCUAUGCCAAAAUUGUCCAGCUGGCCGAGCAGCUGCAGGCAAAGUAUCCCGACGACGAGAUCGACUGGCUGCUCAUCUUCGACUCGGGCAGCACCACGGACAACAAUGGACUGCCGCAUCACAUAAGCACCAGCAAGGAGCUGGCGGAAUAUUUUGCGAAUUUUAAGCGUUUCCUGCAGCGUCUGCCUGUGCCGCCCGUGGCCAUUACCAUGGCGCACUCGGCCCAAGAUGAUUACUGUCCACAAGAUCAGGUGGCGUUCAUCGAGGAGCAGGUGCUGCGACUGCUGCGCGAGGUCUUUGGCGACAAGCUGCACGAUAAGGCCAUUCUGCACUACAUGGACGAUCCGUGGGACGUGAUGAAGCUCUAAGCAUAAAGACUGGACC